AUGAGCUCAUUAUCAACCCCUCUUUCCCAGCGUGAAGGUGCUUGUGCAUUUCCAGAUCGCACUAGCUUCUCCACGAAAGACACUAUCGAGUAUAUCUGGAGGGAACUUGGCCUGCCUCCCGACGCCCUACAGAGCAUCAAUCUCCCUGGACAAGACGGUCUUGGGCUCCCUUCAUCAUUCAGAAUCGGCCACUUGGCUCAAUCUUCGAUUGGACUGUCCGCUCUUCUCGCAGCGCAAAUAUACGCUCUCCGUAACGACAUCCCGGUGCCUCGGGUCAUGGUCCCCUUGCAACAUGCCGUUAUCGAGUUCAAGUCUGAACGCCUCUACAGAUAUCCCACUAGCCCACCACCGUCACCUUGGGGCCCCAUCGGCGGCCUCCACAAAUCCGCCGACGGCUAUGUUCGCAUGCACGACUCGUUCCCAAAUCAUCGCGAAGGCGCCAAGGCCCUGCUAGGCUGCCCGUCCGAUGCGGAUCGAGCCCAGGUGGCGGCGAUGAUCGCGACCUGGCGCUCGGUGGAUCUCGAAAGCGCUGCGUUCGAUGCACAAGUCGUCAUUUCCGCGCUGCGCAGCUACGCCGAGUGGGAUACUCUCCCGCAGGCCGCCGCCAUUGCCAACGUCCCAAUCCUGCUGCGCAAAAUUGGUGAUCGCCCCCCACGUCUGCCCCAGGGCAUGGACUCUGCGAAGCCAGACAAAUGCCUGCGCGGCCUCCGCGUGCUCGAGCUAUCCCGGGUCAUCGCGGCGCCGCUGUCGGGCAAGACGCUCGCCGCACACGGCGCAGACGUGCUGUGGGUGACCAGUCCUGGCUUGCCUGAUCUUCCGGCCAUCGAUCGGGAGUUCUGUCGGGGCAAGCGAUCAAUCCAGGUUGACUUGUCUGCUGAGAAAGGUCAGGCCGAGCUUUCGAAGCUUUUAGAUGAGGCGCAUGUCUUCGUGCAGGGGUUUCGGCCUGGAAGCCUUGGAUCCCGCGGGCUGUCUCCCAUAGAACUGGCCAGGCGCUUCCAGCACAGGGGUAUUAUAUGUGCAAAUAUGUCUGCAUACGGGCCUGACGGGCCUUGGAGUGACCGACGGGGGUUUGAUUCGCUGGUGCAAACAUGCUCGGGUAUGAGUGUAUCCGAGGCGGAGCAUUUUGGGACUGGAGAGGCAGCACGUCCAACACCAUGCCAGGUGCUCGAUCAUGCUAGUGGUUAUUUUCUGGCUGCGGGCAUUAUGGCUGCAAUAUACAAACAGGCUACCGAGGGCGGCUCGUGGCAAGUUGAUGUUUCGCUCGCUGGGACGAUGAAGUACUUACGAUCUUUGGGUCAAUAUGAAGGAACUACUGGCUUCCAGGCCCCGGACUAUGAAAGCCCCAAUGAUGUGCCAGAGGAGUAUCUUGAGACUAGGCAGACCGGAUUUGGAGAGAUGACAGCCGUGCGACAUUCUGCUUCUAUUGAGGGCGUUACGGUUGGCUGGGAUUUCAUGCCCAAGCCUUUAGGGUCUGAUGAGAAGAAAUGGCUCGAUAUAUAA